AUGCAGGGCAAACUCUUUCCCCCGAAAAACUGUUCGGAAUUGUACAAUCGUCCUCGGUUUACUUUGUUCUAUGCUCAUAAUGAUUCUCAGCAAGAUCUCCUUGACAAGGCGAUUAACUCAGUUAAUGAGUCGAUAUUCAAAUUUGUUGGCGAACUCACAGAUGACAAUAGCACUAGUCACAAAAAAUUAUCCAUAUAUACACAAACUUACAGGAAAAGAAAGACAGCGGAAGUAGAAGAUAAUCCUUCAUCAGACGAGUCGUCUGCUGUGACUAAACCAGGCAAAGGAAAAG